UUUACUUUUUGGGAUCACCUUCGAUAAAGCGCCCCCUCCUCUCUCUCUCUCUCUCUCUCUCUCUCUCUUUGUUACUGUUACCCGCCAUGGCGUCUUCGUCCCGAGGCCCCGAUUCCUCUUCUCAUCGCCCCAAGAGAUCGGAGGGACCUCACGGGAAGGAUUCGAUCUCGAGCCUCUCGUCGAAGCUGAAUCAGCUCAAGAAGCAAAUCCAGGCAUCUCGAUUGGUUUCGAUCAAAGAAAAGAUCGAGAAGAACCGGAAGAGUCUUCGGAUCCAUACGUGCCACAUGUUUGAUAUCGCCGCGGCGGCCGAGGUGGCGACGAGGAGCUUGCCGAGGCCGGAAAUGGCGGAGAACGUGCUCUCCGCCCGAAUGGGGAAUGCCCUGUGUGAGUUGAGUGGAUGGGAGUGUGUGAAUGGGUCGGGGGAGAAGGAGAUUGGGCAUAGCCAGGAAGAGAACCUAUCGGCGGGGACUUUGGCAGUAGGAAACGGCGUGGUGUGCCUCGUCAAGCUUCCUUUCAUUGAGAAGAUCCCGCCGUACACAUCAUGGAUUUUCCUAGCAAAAAAUCAAAGAAUGGCUGAGGACCAGUCAGUUAUUGGAAGGAGGAGGAUUUAUUAUGACCCAUAUGGCAAUGAAGCUCUGAUAUGUAGCGAUAGCGAUGAAGAGAUUUCUGAACCGUUGGAAGAGAAGCAUGAAUUCUCUGAAGGAGAAGAUCAGAUUUUAUGGAAGGCCCUUCAGGAUCAUGGGUUAAACCAGGAAGUUCUGAAUAUCCUCCGCCAUUUUAUUGAUGCAACUCCUUCGGAAAUUGAGGAAAGAUGCAAAAAGCUUGUUGAGAAAAAUGAAAAAAAUGCGAAUAAUUCUGCAGCUCCUGAUGAAGCAGUCCAUGAAGGUAGAGCCUUUCUUGAUAAGACUCUUGAUGCUGCUUUGGACUCUUUUGAUAAUCUCUUUUGCCGACGAUGCUUGGUUUUUGACUGCCGCCUUCAUGGCUGUUCCCAGAAUUUAGUCAUGCCAAGUGAAAAGCAGCCGUAUGAGUUUGAACUUGAUGAAAGCAGGAAACCAUGUGGUGAUCAAUGUUACCUUAGGAGACGAGAAGGUUUUCAAGAUCCUCAUGGUGAUAGCCCUGAUUCUAGUGCCACACAUGGGAUGAAAUCCAAAAUGGUGACAGUGGAACGUGGAACUGGAUUGCCCUCUGAGUCUGAAGAUUCAAAUCCAGAUGAUGACAAUGUAAACCAAGUUGCAUCUAUGGAAAAAUACGCUGAUGAGGACAAACCAGUCAUGGCUUCUUCAGAAACUGCCGAGACAAGUACUUCGCCAAAUACUAAACCUACAAUACCCAUGAAAAAUAGAGGGAAGCGCAGCUUCUCAAAGAAUGAAAGUAUAUCCCUAGGAGAAGAUAAUCUCGGUCCUAAAGAGAAAAAACAGAAGACAUUAACAUCUUCAGAUGUUUCUUUGGAUAUUAAGAUUGAUGAUGAAGGUCCAGAUUCUGGAGAGCCCAGUUCAGAUCCACUUCAGGAGGAAGCCGUAGAUGAUUCCUCUGAACAUUCUUUGAGAUCAGAUUUCUGUGCUGGUAAUCAAAAUGACGCCUUAGACGAUAUAGGAGAAGAUACUAAUAAGGUUUCGCUGAUGUCAUUCGGUGACAGGAAUGCACAAACUAGUACUUGUUGGAGUACCUUAGAGAAAGAUCUUUACUUGAAAGGGAUAGAGAUAUUCGGGAGAAACAGUUGCCUCAUAGCGAGAAACCUACUUUCUGGGUUGAAGACAUGCAUUGAUGUAUCUAACUACAUGUUUAAUAAUGGUAAUACUUUACCAAGCAGACCUCUUUUGACAAACUCGAGCUUCGAUGACUUUGGAAAGGCUGACCAGGAGUACACAGAGCAAGACAUGACAACGAGAACCCGAAUUUGUCGUCGGAGGGGUAAAACUCGGAAGCUUAAAUAUACUUGGAAAUCCACUGGUCAUCCAACUAUUCGGAAAAGGAUUGCUGAUGGGAAACAACAAUCGUGUAGGCAGUAUACACCAUGUGCUUGCCAGCAAAUGUGUGGAAAAGACUGUUCUUGUAUGCAAAAUGGAACAUGCUGCGAAAAGUAUUGCGGGUGUUCUAAGAGCUGCAAAAACCGAUUUAGAGGAUGCCAUUGUGCGAAAAGUCAGUGCAGAAGCCGGCAAUGCCCAUGCUUUGCUGCAGGACGUGAAUGUGAUCCUGAUGUUUGCAGGAAUUGCUGGGUCAGCUGUGGAGAUGGUUCACUAGGCGAGCCGCCGGCACGAGGCGAUGGCUAUCAGUGUGGAAAUAUGAAGCUCCUUUUGAAACAACAGCAGCGAAUUGUGCUGGCGAAGUCUGAUGUUGCCGGAUGGGGAGCUUUUCUAAAGAACCCUGUUAAUAAGAACGACUAUCUUGGAGAAUAUACGGGCGAAUUGAUUUCCCACAAAGAAGCAGAUAAACGUGGCAAGAUCUACGACCGUGCAAACUCGUCCUUCCUUUUUGAUUUAAAUGAUCAGUUUGUACUGGAUGCCUACCGCAAGGGCGACAAGCUAAAAUUUGCAAAUCAUUCAUCAAAUCCUAAUUGCUAUGCAAAGGUAAUGUUGGUCGCUGGUGACCAUCGUGUGGGUAUUUUUGCAAAAGAGCACAUUGAAGCGAGCGAGGAGCUAUUUUACGAUUAUCGCUAUGGGCCUGAUCAAGCACCUGCUUGGGCCCGCAAGCCAGGAGGGUCAUCGAAGAGAGAUGAUUCGGCUGUUUCUCACAGCCGAGCUCAUAAGGUAGCUUGAUUGACGCUGGUUGUGUGAUUCUUUGAAAUUCCGCACAUAACGAGCUUGCAAAGUAUAGAAUACAGUACAUGUAACACAUUGCUCAUCUAUACAUAAGAGGGAAGGUAAAUUAUAUUGCUUCUUAAAUGCAUUACUAAUUAUCCUCGUCCGCUAGAGCUGCUAUUGAACUGAGUUUAUUUGAAGAGUAUUUAUAGAUUAAAAUUUAGAAUAUUUAUGAUUUAUUUCGAGUUGAUUACAAUGUAAUGUUGUACAGUUGCUACAUAUGCAACUUAAUAUCCCUGCUAAAUAAUGCACUUUAUCAUAAUGGAUCCACCAAUUAGUGAGAUUAAUAAGUCCAGUUACUUUU